UGAGUCUGGACAUGACGCGCCUGUUCAACACAGUGUUAAUGCAGCACUCUCUGCCACUGGAUGCAGACGGACAGAUCACCAUCACCCAGUACUACACCAAACAGUACAUCCAGGGUUUCAUGACCAGCAUCAGCAAGUCACAAGCAGUGUACUCGGAUCACUUUAAGUGCUUCAUAUCUCUGGCAGUUCCCACGGCACCUCUGGCUAAAAACCAGCUACCGGAGAUUCCUUUUCCAGUGGAGGAGUUCUCGGAUAUCACUGAGCUGCGCUGUCUGGCUGAGAUGAUUGGACCCUAUGGAGUGCGCUAUAUCAACGAGGUCAUCUCGCAGAAGAUAUUAGCUCAGUAUCAGGAACUAAAGAAAUUGGCAAAUGAGCGGGCCCCGAAGUUGAACCAAAUUUACCAGCUGAUAGAGUCCAAGCCAGGAGACGCAGUCAAAUUAGGUGACACCCUGAUUAACAAAGAGGAUAGGAAGACAGUAAAUCAGCUGUUGACGAUGAUGGGCGCCUUCUUGGCUCUGAGGGAUCUACUCUCCACUGCCCUGAAUGAUGUACUGAAGAGGAGAGUCCCAUUUCUCAUGUCAUGUAUAUCCGGACUAGAAAAGCCAGACCAGAGACCGGAUGCAAAUGACUUGGCCGCCACAGCUGGCUUCAAAGUGAAGUACUAUGACCCCAUACUGCAACAGCUGCUCAAAAUAAAAAACUUCGAGCAACUGCGAACUGGCACUAAGCACGAGAAUGACCAAUUAGUGAACUGUUUCAUCACUCUCUUCGGAUUAUCGCUGCCUGACAUUGUGGAGCUGCACAACCUACCCUUCAACCGCUAUUAUGAAACGAGUGGUAGCAACGCCUUGUGUAUUGGCAAGGCAGUCAACUCUAUCAUCACAAUGACCCUGUUGAUGUUGCCUCAGCCGGAAGAAGAGUACAUCAGGAACUGCUUCGUGCGAUUCCUCACUCACGCCUCCAGCUGUGUGUUGAGGAUGUCGGAGGGAGGCAAUGCACAGUCGCCGGCUGACGGAGGAAGUGGGGACUCGGCUGGUGCGAUGAGCCCGGCGACGCUGUUGAUGUCGCGCAGAUCACGUGACACAACUUAUCUGGUGUUGAAGCAAAUAGUGGAGGACUGUCCCUAUUUAAGCAUGGAUGCCUUGGAGGCAGUCUUCCCCUACACUCUAGUGCGGUGUGCAUUCCACAACUCACACCAGAAGGAACCCCCUCCGAGACCAGUCAGACAGUCAUAAGUGUCUAGACAAGUAGAACAAUAAAUGCAAAAAUUAACUAGAAAAACUUUCAUCAGCGAAGGAAUGAAAUUGUUCUAUAUUCACUCUCCAAAACCACUGGACCUUUCAGACAGACUUAGACAUGAAAAAACUAACUUAGUCUUCAUGUAUUUGAUCUAGCGUAAAUAUUUAAGAACCUGAAUUAAGACAAUUUGGUGAUAAUAACGGAUUGGCGUUUGCUUACGUUAUAUUUUUUUACAGAGCUUUGACUUAGAAUCCGAAUUUAAAGGGCUGCUGCCUCUGUAAAAUAAAAAUUCGUUCCUAUGCUUGUUUAAUUUUGUUUAAGUACAUUUAUCAAUGCUCAAACUAUUGAAAGUUCAUCUGUGCUCAGCAGCGUUAUACCCUAAUAGCUUGUGAUGUAUCAAGUACAUGAUGUGUGCGACUUGUAAUCUGAAGACAGAUCAUCGGAUUAUUCUGCCAGAAAUAUCGGUUUUUCGCAUGACCCACAUGAAUGCCAAGUCUUCUAUUUUUUGGCUUAACUGUCAUCCUGUUAUAAAUUAUUUUCAUCUCUUGUUUCAGCUUGACUUUGACUCAGUUUAAGUUUGAUUAAAAUAUCACAUAUAUGGAUGUUGAGAUAACUUUUUUCUACUUCAAUUUUGUCAUAAACAAGCAAGAAAACAUCAGCCUUAAUUUCUGUAAAUUAUAUUUUAUACACGCACUAAUAAUUUCCAUUCAAAUAAGUCAUGUUUCAAAUUGUAGAUUAAGUUUUGUCUUGAAAAUUUAAAAAGUGUUGAUCUGGUUUUUCUUUCAUCAGCUCAUCCCGUGGUGCUUUCAAGUAUGAUAUUUAACAGCGAAAAAUGUAUUUCAAGCAAUAAAGGCGACAAACAAAA